CAGUUGAAGCUCUGGAGUAAACUCGAUGCGCACGUACGAUUUCGAUUUCUUUGCCCGCUAGUGAUGGAAUCCAGGUCUAUAGGGACCGUUUCAGAAAGCCAACUGGAUCAUCUUUUUCGGCCCCUUCAGAUUUGUGUACAGCAACCAAUGGACAACCUGACAUUCACAAACAGCAUUCUCCUCAUGGAGGGACUGAAAGUUACACCUCAGUCAUCUCAGCCUGUUUUCAUCCUCCUUCUCUUGACUUAUGUCUUUACAAUGGUAUCAAACAUUGGACUUAUAUUUCUGAUCUCAACAGAGAAGAAUCUGCAUGACCCAAUGCAUUUUCUGUUCUGCAACUUGCCACUGAAUGACAUACUAGGAACCACUGUCAUUAUGCCACGCUUGCUGCAGGAUAUUUUAAAGGACACCUCAGAGCGCUAUAUAUCAUAUGCAGAGUGUGUUAUUCAAGCUUAUUUUGUGCAUGUAUUUACAGCAGCAUGUCACUAUGUGCUGAUGAUCAUGGCCUUUGACAGAUAUGUGGCUAUAUGUAAUCCAUUGCGAUACACAUCUAUAAUGACCAAUAAAAUGGUUAUUAAAUUAUCAGCAUUUGCUUGGGGCCUGGCAAUUCUUUUAGUGACAAUUAUGAUAGGACUCACUCUGCGUCUGUCUCGCUGUAGGUAUAAAAUUGAAAACCCUUUCUGUGACAAUGCCUCACUGUUUAAACUGUCCUGUGAAAAUGUAGUCAUAAAUAAUGUGUUUGGACUUGUUUAUACUAUCGUUGUACUCAGUCUGUCAGCGAUGUGUAUUUUCAUAACAUAUGUCAAGAUUGCUACUGUAUGCAUAACCAGCAAAAACAAAGCACUCAACAGCAAAGCCAUAAAAACCUGCAGCACUCAUUUAGCUGUUUAUUUAAUCAUGUAUGUUUCUGGAGCUACUUUUAUUUUACUUCAUCGUUUUCCUGAAUACUCUGACAGCAGGAAACUAGCUAGUAUAAUGUUUCACAUUGUACCACCGGGAUUAAAUCCCUUAGUAUAUGGUUUACAAACCAAAGAGAUAAGACAAAAGAUUGUAAAACACUGGUGUAGAAAAAAGUGAAUUCCUCAGUGGAUUAUCUAUCUUCAUAACAUAGUCAAUAUUAUUUUAAUGGAUUUUGAGUGUGUGAAAAGAAUAUUUAAUAAUAUUUAGCUAAGAAUAACUAGUACUGUAACACUGCAAACACUGUAACUGUUCUGUACUCAAAUCUUUUUCAGUAUUUCUCAGUUGUUUGUAUGAGAAUUAUUGACUUAAAAUUUGAACUAAUUUAAAUUAAGUUGUAAGCUCAUAUUACCAGGAAAAUAAAAAUAAUAAUAAAAAAUAAAUAAAUAAAUAAAAAAAUGACGAGAAAAGAGCACAUGUUUAUUUUGGUUCACUACAAGAACAAUAAGACUUUAAAAUUCUUUGAAUAUAGAACAAAAAGGCACAAAUGUGCAUAGGAUGCAAGAAAGCUGGGUUAGCAACAAAACCUAGGUAAAAAAAAAAAGAAAAAAAAAAAGCAGGUGUUAAUAGCCUAGAUAACCCACUCCACAUCCAUGAAAACAAUUCAUGUGUUCGCCUGCCCAUUCAAAAAAAAAAAUAAAAUAAAAUAAAGUGUUGGAUUAACUUAUUUCUUUUAUGUUUUCUCAACAUAAUUUAUCUACGUUCUGGUUGCCUAAUUUAUGUAUGUCAAAUGAACAUGAUUUUUAUAUGUUGUAUUUGCCUAAUUUAUGUAUGUCAAAUGAAUAUGAUUUCAAAUGAUAUAUGUUGUAUUUA